AUGACGUCUGAUUCCACUCCUUCGAAAGGCGGGGGCUUAUCGCUCUAUGCCAAUCUACUCGACCCGUCCGCCGAUACCUCCUCACCCGGAACUAUUUCACGCGCUCCAGUCGUCUUCAAAAAGGCCGACGAAGGCGAGCCGCAGAAUGAUGAAUCCACUGCCAAGAAGCAGCAGCUAGCUGCCUCUCUUCGAUUCCAACCUACCAAAAGACCACAGCUUUCGGCCCAAAAGCCAAAAGCGAAACCGGGCCUUCCAAAGGCUGCCCCCGUGCCUCCUCCAGCGGCAGCGGUCCCUGCCGCCAAGACGACUCUUGCGGACUGGGCGGGCACCGAGGAUGACGAUGUUAAUGGAUUCUACAUGGGCGAGAAGAGGCAGCGAGGGGGCCGCAAGAAGCGCAAGAAGAACCGUGAACCGCAGGAGUUUAUACAGAACUGGGAUGAUAUCUAUGACCCGUCCCGGCCGAAUAAUUACGAAGAAUACAAGCAUAGCGAUGAACAGAUUGCGGAGGUCCGAGAGUGGAAGGAUCGUCUGUAUUCGCAUCGCAUGGUGCAGUCUCCGACCAGGGAUUCGGACAGUGAGGAGGAAUAUUCAAGGCCGAUGAAUCGCAAAUUUGCUCCCCCGAGCAGCUUCGCACCACCGCCAAAUCUCAACGAUAGCUCAAAGCCGCCUGCUUCAGUUCCUGAUGACGCUUCCGGGGAAGAUGCAUAUGCCCGGCGUUUACGAAUGGCCACAAACUCGGGUGAUAUGCCGAUGUCAGAUCAAAUCCCCCCUCCUCCCGAAGAACCACCUGCUCCGAUUCCAGAUGAUCCUACCGGAGGAGAUGCUUACGCGCGUCGUGCUCAAUUGUCUACGGGAAAUCAACCUCCACCGCCACCUUCUCGACCUCUGGAUUCAGUCCAGCCAUCCUCUGCGACCAUAUCCCGUGCUCCAGUCCGUUACACACUACCUCCACCCCCAGAAGAUAUCCCGGCCUCGGAAGCAGAACUCGAAGAAGUGUUUGCGAAGGAGCAGCCUGCUGAGGAAGAAGAGGAAGGAGAUGGCCAGCGCUCGCUUCGUCCCGGCCAGAAAGGAUUUGCAGAGCGACUGCUCUCAAAGUACGGCUGGACGAAAGGGUCUGGCUUGGGUGCAUCUGGAACGGGUAUUGUCAAUCCGUUGCAGGUUAAAGUUGAAAAGCAAAAGAAGCGGCCAGAUUCGGAAGGUGGUGGUUUUGCUACUCCCGCUGGUAGGGGUAAGAUUAUCGGUGGCGCGAAGAAGGCAGUUGACGAUGGGGGUAAAUUCGGUCACAUGAGCGACGUUAUUGUUCUAAAGGGCAUGCUCGACGGAAUGGAUGUGGAUGCAGAAUUGCAGGGAGACCAGGAUGGUGGAUUGAUGCAGGAGAUCGGAGAAGAAUGCUCGGAAAAGUAUGGCCGUGUUGAGCGCGUCUUUAUCUCCCGCGAAUCUGGUACUCCAGUGCCAGUUUUUGUCAAAUUCACGAACCAACUAUCUGCUCUACGGGCCGUCAAUGCUCUCGAAGGUCGAAUAUUCAACGGUAACAAGAUCACAGCUCGAUUCUUCGACACCGAGAAGUUUGAGCAGGGAAUAUAUGAAGAUAAAUAA